AUGCUCCGAACGCUGGUACAGAAAUCUCGACCGGGUAGGCCGUCGUUGCUCCUCCGUGGGUAUGCCACUAAGACGCCUCAGCCGAACAUGUCUUACCGCAAACCCACCCACCCAGAUACGUGCUCCCCCUCGACGCAAGCUAUGAUAGAGGAUCAUUCGCAGUACCUCCUCAAUACGUAUGCGAGGCCGCCUUUGUUGUUCACUAGGGGGAAGGGGUGUAAGUUGUACGCUACUUCGCCCAAGAACCCUCGGUUCUCCGGUCCCACAUCGACUUCAUCUUCUUCUUCCACGGGAAAGAAAAAGGAAGACAAGGAGGUGGAAUACCUAGAUUUCACAGCAGGUAUCGCCGUCAACGCCCUGGGCCACGCCGACCCCCAAAUAGCCUCCCUCCUCGCCGAACAAGCGAACAUGCUGAGUCAUUCGAGUAAUGUUUGUUGGAACGAGUGGGCAGGCGAGUUGGGGCGGUUGUUAGUUCACCAGACGAGGGAACAUGGGGGGUUGGGCUUCAAAGCGGGCGCCAACAAGGAUGGGAAUAAGGAGGAGGGAGCGAAGGUCUUCUUUACGAACAGCGGGACGGAAUCGAACGAAGGCGCACUGAAGUUCGCUAGGCUUAUCGGCAAGACCCGUCAACCCGCCGAUAGCAAGAAGUAUAAAGAGAAGACGGCCCUGGUCUGCUUCAACAACGCUUUUCACGGUCGAUCCAUGGGUGCCCUAAGUGUCACCCCGAACCCGAAGUAUCAAGCGCCGUUUUCACCCCUGAUUCCUAAUGUCCGAGUAGGACAACUCGGAGACCAAGAAAGUUUGGAGGAACUGGUUACAGGGGAAGUGUGUGGAGUGAUCGUCGAGCCCAUCCAGGGUGAAGGAGGGCUGAACGAGGCCAACAGGGAGUGGUUUGCGGCUUUGGGGAGGAGGUGUAGGGAGGUCGGGGCUGUGCUGAUAUAUGAUGAGAUUCAGUGCGGUCUUUAUCGGACGGGGACGAUGUGGGCGCACAGCGAUUUCCCGGCUGAAGCUCAGCCCGAUAUCGUGACGAUGGCGAAACCGCUGGCGAACGGGUUCCCCAUCGGGGCUAUCCUUGUGAGGGACGAGAUUGCGAAGCAGGUCGGGAUUGGCAUGCACGGCACGACAUUCGGCGGCCAACCCCUAGCCACCCGGAUCGGACACCACGUCAUCACCCGUCUCUCCUCGCCCGACUUUCUCAGCAACAUGCGAUCCACAGCGUCGCACUUUGACGAGCUCCUCUCCCGCCUGCCGGAGAUGUUCCCAGAGCUCAUCCCCUCGCCCAUCCGAGGAAGGGGGCUCAUGCGGGGGAUCCCGUUUUCUCACCCUCAAGCUCCGGGGGAACUGGUCAAGCUCGCCAGGCAUCGAGGGGUUCUUUUGUUGACCGCCGGGUCGGACGCGGUGAGGCUCGUACCGAGUUUGAACGUGACCAAGGAGGAAUGCGAGCAUGCCGUCGGGGUGAUCGAGAGUUGUUUGGGGUUGAUGCAGGAGGAAGGCAAGUGGGGUAGCGUCGGCGAUGCGUAAGGGUGUCAUGCCACAUGGAUCAUAUGGAUAUGGGAUGCGAUACCUUCUUUUUCCACUUUCACGCGUUUUCGGCCGUCGACCGCCGAUAUUGGAAACGAAACGGAUAGUCUCGAGCGGGUCUGCAGAGGGGAUUCUGAGAGGUCUUUCGAGCGGGGUCUCACGAAGCGAAUCAAUGAAGCAGUAGAACGAGUUGAAAGCUCUACGGUGGGUCGUCCCCACUCCACAUCGUGAUCGAGCGAGCUCAUCUACCUGGAAGCAUAUCGGUAUUUCGAGCGGUGUGGUAGGUAGGGACUAGGCGUUCGACCCGCGAGUCGUCUUGUGAUGAGCGUCAUGAGAACGAGCUCAGCGGCUGUCGGGACGAUCGAGAGCGACCUUGCGACACCCGACGAGUAGCGACAUCACGGACGAGUCGGAAUAAUCCUGAUCGCUCCG